GUCCCAGCCUUCUGUAGCUGCAAACAUUGGUGGCCAAACCACCUCCUUCUAAAACAACUCAAACCUGGGGCACAGGGGGGGAAGAUUUUUUUUUUUUAGUUUGCUGGAAAUGAAAUGGACUUAGAGGCUUUCUCAUUUCAAGUAGAAGACAUAUCCACUUCCUGAUUAUUUUUGGAGCGUACGAACAUUUAAACUUUUUUUCAGUUCUCUCCCCCCCAUAAGAUUGUGCAGAAACCUACCUUGACUAAUUGAUUUUGAUCACAACUGAUUAUUUGUUUUUCCCUGCGAACUCCUGGGGUUUCGAACUUUCCUUCUGGAGAAUAUGCCUUUUGAACCAGUUUGCUCUAGCUGCCUGAGGUCAACUGCUUGGUAAUCAGUGGAUAUUAGAAUAUUCAAAAUGUACAGACAGUGGGCAGUGGUGAAUAUUUUCAUGAUGUCUUCUCUGCAGUUGGUGCAGAGCUCCAGUUAUGAACAUGGACCAGUGAAGCGGGCAUCCCGGUCAAUGUUAGAACGAUCUGAGCAGCAGAUUAGGGCGGCUUCGGGUUUGGAGGAACUACUGCAGAUCACCCACUUCGAGGACUGGAAGCUGUGGAGAUGCCGACUGAAGCUCAAAAGUCUCACCAGCGCGGACUCUCGCUCAGCAUCCCAUCGGUCCACCAGGUUUGCGGCCACUUUCUAUGACAUUGAGACGCUAAAAGUUAUAGAUGAGGAAUGGCAAAGGACGCAGUGCAGCCCUCGAGAGACGUGCGUGGAGGUGGCCGGCGAGCUGGGGAGAAGCACUGACACGUUCUUCAAGCCCCCCUGCGUGAACGUGUUCCGGUGUGGUGGCUGCUGCAAUGAAGAGAGCCUCGUCUGUGUCAACAGCAGCACCUCGUACGUUUCCAAACAGGUCAUUGAAUAUAGUUCCCUGUGCUAUACACUCUUUGAGAUAUCAGUACCUUUGACAUCAGUACCUGAAUUAGUGCCUGUUAAAGUUGCCAACCAUACAGGCUGUAAGUGCUUGCCAACAGCUCCCCGCCAUCCGUACUCGAUUAUUAGAAGAUCCGUCCAGAUCCCCGAAGAAGAUCGCUGUUCCCAUUCCAAGAAACUCUGUCCUAUUGACAUGCUCUGGGACAGCAACAAAUGUAAAUGUGUUUUACAGGAGGAGAAUCCACUCGCCGGAAUGGAAGAUCACGCUCAUCUCCAGGAGCUGGCUCUCUGCGGUCCACACAUGAAGUUUGAUGAAGAUCGUUGUGAGUGUGUCUGUAAAACGCCAUGUCCCAGAGAUCUCAUCCAGCACCCAGAAAACUGCAGUUGCAUUGAGUGCAGAGAAACUCUGGAGAGCUGCUGCCAGAAGCACAAGAUAUUUCACCCAGACACCUGCAGCUGUGAGGACAGAUGCCCCUUUCACACGAGAACCUGUGCAAAUGGAAAACCAGCAUGUCCAAAGCAUUGCCGCUUUCCAAAGGAGAGAAGGGCCGCCCAUGGGCUCCACGAUCGAGAAAAUCCUUGAUUCAGCCUUGAUCCCCAGUUCCCCAUCCCUGUCGUUUUAAACAGCAUGCUGCUUUGCCAAGUUGCUGUCACUGUUCCAGGUGUUAGAAAAAAAAUCCGUUUUACAUAGUACUAUGGUGAAUCCAGAUGGACCUUCCAUUAAACACCAGCUGAGGAUCCCCUGGCUCUCUGACAGAUGUCUUCUAACUGAAGGUGCUCUGCACACCAAGGAAUGGAGAGUGAAAAAGGUUUGAUCAUCGUGGAAUGACAGGUACCAUGUGAUUAAUUACUCAGAGCAGAUGAGGCAGUUCGCAUAGUCUUCGAGUCCUUUGCUAAUUGCAACUCUCUUGUGAAUUAUUCUGAUUCUUUCUUAUGCCGAUUUUGAUUUGUAUGAUCAGCACUGAUUAUCUGAUUACUGUCCAGCUUGUAGUUUUGAGUUUACCAAACUACUGUCUGUUGUUUCAUAUUUAAGUGUAUUUAAAGAAAAUAAACACAUCAUUCAAGCCAGAGAA